GCCGAAAGUUUGUCACAGCUUGGUAGUACCCAGCCACACAUGUUCUCUAGGAUCUCUAGGAUUAAUCUUUGCUAGUAUUGUUUGCUCUAGGAUUUAGACUUUUGGAUUUUACUUACCUCCAGGAUUCCAGUGUUUCCCUCUGGACGCUGAGCCAUAUGGAUGCUCACCUCAGGACUCCUGGGUUUGGAAACUUAGAACCUCCAGGACCCACUCACCAUUCUCCAUAACGACUCACCGGACAUUUCGGCUCAGUGUCUUCCCCCAAACAUGACAGCAGGAGCGUUUCAGGAUCUGUCUGAGAGCUGUCUCGCUGGAGUUUGCCUGGUGUAAAUGGACAGCCAACUCAAGGUACCACGAACCUUGAAGGCCAAAUUGAUGCUAUGGUCAGACGUAAGCUACCACAACAUGGAAUACAUUGACCAAAUGCAGUCUAUUCCUGAGCUUGAGAGUGCUUUGUGCCGUGUGUUAGGAGUUGACCUCCCGGAGCCGAGAAGAGGGAUCCUGCUGAAGCUUUAUGUCCAAACUGUGCUUUUUUGCCGAAAGCAAAGCUUUAGGAAAGAGCAAACGUCUACACUUCUGUCCAUCAUCAAGUCCAUUCAUGAGGCCAACAUAGAAACUCCUCUCAACAACCUAGAGCAGUGUCUGGACUACUGCAAUGAGCUCUUGCUCUGCCACUGUUGCCAUCGUCCUCCCUUCAGCGUCAGCUUCUUCAGCUAUCAGGAGGCCAACUGCAUUUUAGACUACAUCCACAACAGCUACCUGAUGCACCACGAACUCUACAAGUAUUUCUUUGCUCCUCAGGUACAAGUUGACCUGCCUCUGACAUAUUCUGGGAUGGAAAAGGAAGAAAGCACAGCCUCUGAGAAGCCAGGUUCUUCAGCUGAUAAUAACAAUAUGGAGUCAGAGGCAGAACCAAUGAUAUCAUCUGGACAACAGGAAGUACCCACGGAGCAAGAGGAAUCCAAUGGGGACGAUCAGAAUUCACAGACCAGAGUUUAAUUAGGAAGAUCAGGACUUUUCACAACGAGAAAAAAAAUCUCUCUAGUUUGGUGUUUUGCCUUUUUCGUGGAGCUGCAGUAGGAACGGAUGGGCGGGACUUCAGAAAGCUGGAGUCUCACCAAAGCUGCACAGAAACUUGCCUCAAAAUAUUACAGAAGACACAAAGACAUCAAAUGAACUCCUGGAUGAAGUUAAGACAAUUCAAAUAUUUGUUUUAAUAAAACAUGUUUGUGCACAUACAGAAUGAUUCAUACCUGUGCUUGUGCAUUUCUCAUGCAGCCAGGCACGUUUCAAAAUAAAAGCGUUACUUUUUAUCAGAAUGGGAAAAAGAGAUUUUACAGUCAGAGCGAGCGGUUCUCCACUUGAGGAAGGCAGGCGUGACAAUUACAGAAUUAUGUUUCACAUAGUUCUCUCUCUCUCUCUCACACACACACACACACACACACACACACGUUCUACAGCACUCAUGUGCAACUCUGGAACAUCAGUAAAACAGUUUUAAAAUAACAAAUCUAAAAAUUAUUCAUCCUAAAGCUCUCAUUUCCAAUUCACUUGGGAACGUGUUAAUUAAACAGUUAGCAGGUAAAAUCCUGGACACACCAUCUACAUAUCUGAUGGUUCUAUCGGACUGGUGUCCUUUGCUAAAGUGCACUGCAGACAUGAUGCCAACUAAAAGAGCUUCAAACAGCUACCAUCUUGGAUCAAAACACAGAUAAACAUCAUCAACUCUCGCAUGCAUGUUGAACUUGCACACAUUUCUCCACCCCAACAGAUUGCACAUUAAUCAGAAUCUGGAUGAGACAAAAAUAACAUAAACAGAGUUAAAUAAAAUAAACCGACGAGGAUAGGGAAUGAGUUUGACCUUUUCUAUGUCUCAAAUUCCUCCAGGCCCAGCAGCACAAUUUUGGCGGUGUUCUGGAAGAGCGCCGCGCGGUUCUGCUGCUCCCCUUUCUUGACCCAGUGGCCAUAGAUGCGGAAAGCGCAGCCAUCGAUGAGCUUGCGGAUGCCACGGAGUGAGUAGGGAUCCCUGGCCAGCACCUCUCGGGUGAGUGGCCGAACCCUGCGGAAGCGGCUGUAAAUCCUGAUACAGGCUAGCACACUUACGAUCAAAACCUGGAGGAAAUGAGGCAUAAAAGGAGCCGUUACAUGCAUGCUCAUGUGCAGGUUAAACAAAAUUAAAUAAAUAUGAAGCUGCUAAUCACCCUAAAUGUCUUCCUGGGACUGAAGAGGUGCACGUCCUCCCUCUGGUACUUUCUGAAAAAGGAAUGAGCUAAGGCUUGCUCUGCAGUGAGCCGAGCAGCUGGGUCGACCACCAGCAACCUGAAAAUCUGAGCAUCAACAACAAAAACUCAUGAAAACACGAUUAAACCCGAAUACAGGUGUCAGACUUUACCAAAACCUCCAGUUUACCAGCUAAAAUCUCAGCCUACCAGGUCCUUUACUGUGUCAGAUCGGUCGUCCCACUCCGGCGAGCUGAACUGGUAGCGGCCCUCCAUGAUCAUCCUCAGCAUUAGCAUCUGUUUGCGGUGCCAGAAUGGCGGUGAGCCGGCCAGCAGCGUAAAGAGGAUGACUCCACACGCCCAUCUUGUAAAAUAAAACAUGAAGAAAUGAGAAUGAUACUCAGGAAAGCGAUUUGGAAUUCUUGAACGUAAACGAGGAAAAGAAAUGGAACAAAGACGUACAGAUCAACCUCUUUGCCAUAGCCUGGAUGCAUUUCAUCCAUGGAGCAUUUCAGGAUCUCAGGGGCCAAAUAACCAGGUGUUCCACAGAGCUCUGAUCAUUACCAAAGAGAAGAUGCGCCGUUUUAAACUUGUCCAUAAAAAAUACAACUAUUCACAUUACUGUUGGCAGGAUCUACACAUCUACACACCUCUGAGCUUCUCUCCAGGCUGUAGCUGCACAGAGAAGCCAAAGUCAGACAGUUUGAUGUGACCUUGAUCAUCCAAGAGAAUGUUCUCAGGUUUCAGGUCCCGGUGCACAAUGUCCAGAGCGUGCAGGUACUGCACAGCCUCCAGCAGCGCUCGCAUUAUACACCUGCAAAGGAACAAGAAGACAACAUCAGCACAGCGACAAGCAAACAUCACAAUGUGGAUCGUAACGUAAUCGUAAAAGAUGCAUUUGAUUUCACUUGUGUGUGUUUUAAGCUGCCAGUGCAGAUCUGCUUAGAGAUAAUCUACAAAAACGACUCUGCAUGCAGGAUUGGGCUGCAGCUUAAAGACACAAGCACAUUUAUUUGGGUAAAUAAAUGCAUAUUGCAGAAUUUUUCCAUUAUAGCUUAAAAUGCAUGCAUUUUUCCUUUUUGUUCAGUAAAUGUUCAUUUUAAUUUUGAUUCCUUCUAAGUCUAAGCUAACUCUCACAGUAAAACACAAUUUUAAAAGACUGGAAUAUUAAUGGAAUUAAGAGGAGAUGAAACUGAAAUGAUUAAGCUUAAACCUGCAGCAAGCUAACUCACAUCGGUUCUGAACACAAGUUUUACUGAACAAGGGACACAUUAACCAUUCAGACUAGGCUAACAACAAACUCCUUUUUCGGUUUGGUGCAAAACUUUAUUAAUAAAUCCAGAGGAUUUAAAAACAUUCUCAUUCCUACCACAUCAAAUCUUUUUAGUAAUAAACCUGUUUCAAGCAAACCCACUCUAAACUGAUUCUGCAUGCAUCAGAGCCAUAUGACUCUGUAAUGCAGGAGCUUUAGUCAUAAACUGCCUGCCUGCUGCACCUUUUGAGAUGGGAAGAAGAAAAACUGAGUUUGCAAACAGCUGAAUGCAUUUAUGAGGCAAGCAGGCAGAACUGGAAAAAGGGGAAGCGUUUCAACACGGUGAUAAACACCUCACCUGGUCGGUGCAGUAGAUUCAUGCAUCUCAUUCAAAAUAUGCAGGUACUUAAAAAACUAUAUAUGUCAGUGUUUCAUGCAUCUGACACAUUUGUAUUAUAUUAGGGAUGUUUCGAUCCGAUUCCCAGUUCUUUCAUUUUAAGAAUCUGCCGGUACCGAGUCCCAAGCCGAUACUUUUUUUUAAUAAAUAAAACAGAUUAUAAAAAAAUAAAACAUAUGUUAGAUAAAUUUGAUGAGAUCUGGAAGUUAUUUUUUGCUUUUUUGGAAAGUAAUUUGAUAUUGUUAAUGUAUGCAGGGGGUAUUUGUCUUUUUUCUUUUCUUUUUUAUUACUUUAUUUCACUCCCUUCUUUAUUUUUGUUCUACUUCAAAUAUACCAUGAAUUCGGGUUUGCUAACAGAAGGGAAAUGAAAAUUGGUAUUGGGCACAAUGUUUUCAUGUUUGUGUUUAUUUGUAUAUUUAUGCCACAUAAUUGUCUCUUGUCUUUUUUUUAUGUUUUGAGUGGAGAUAUUUGCAUUAUAUGUGUUGGUACCCAAAUGAAGAAAAUCAAUAAAAAAAAUUGUUAAAAAAUAAAAACAAAAUAAAAACAACAAAUAAAAUAAAACAAUCUAUAAAGAAUAAAAUGAUAUGAGGUACUUAAUUUAUAUAUAUAUUUAGUUUUUUUUAGCAUCAGCAUCAUUUCUGUUGCUAGUGCAAAUCUUUACUUUUAUAGCCUGCUGAAUGCUUUUUGAUUUUGUCUUGUUUACAGCAGCAUCUUUGUGUUGUUGGAUUUAUGUUGAUAAAGGAGAUGAUCGAUACUUUGGAUGUUGAUUGCGUUCAAUAAAGCUUCAUAAAACAUGAAAAAAAAACAGAUUAUAAAUGUAAAAAUAAAUUGUCAUUUAACAUUUAAAUGAAUAAGAAAUGUGUUAAUAUUGAGAAUACUUGUAAAAGUAGCCUUGUCGCUUAUAUUUUCAGUCAAUUACUCUGUGUGCAGCUGUUUUUAGGGACAGGGAUGGCACGGCUCAUGACGGUCAGCAGCAGAGUAACGUUUUUCUACAAAACACCUGUAGAGCUGCUGCGUCUGUGAGAGAACGCAGAUCGUACCGCGACUGAAGGAGCCUUUCGAACCUGACGUUCACAACCACAGACGCUCAUCCAGUGUAAAAAAUAUUCUGCCAUGUUGGCAUUGUUGCUGUCCGUAGACCAUUUCUUUUUUCUACACAUCUUUUAUUCGUAUCAGCUGGCUUAUCCGAAUUGUUGCAGCGAACAGAGCAGGAUCAGUUUUUUAAGGUGGUGCAGCACUACCUUUGUCACCUCGUUAAAUGCCCAGUUUGCACACAUUGCAUGUGUCUAUUACACUCCCCUUGCUGUUCGUUUAAAAAUCCAGCCAAAUCACAGACAUUUUCUCUCUCUUGAGGCGACAACUAUGCUCUGUGCUACAUGUUAUGGUGUGUGAAUUCCCAAGCUACUUCAAAUUGUAGGGCUUUACAGCGCUGUUGUCUCUGAAAAAAAAACACUGAUAUAGAUGAACUUUUUGAAUUUAAAACAAAGCCAUUGUUAUUCAGUUUGAAAAUCUCUUUCUUAGGAUUCGUUUGAAAAGUCACGUUUGUCGUUUUAUAUGGUUAAAUCCGAUUUUCCACAGCCGAUUCCGAUUUGGCCACUUUAUUAUGCCCACAUGUUCAGUAUCUAAUCAGCCAAUCACAUUGAAGCAGUCGUCUAGAUGUGGUGACGGCAAGUUGAAGUUCAAACAGAGGAUCAGGACAGAGGAAGAGGAUUUGUAGUUUGUGCCAUCAGAUUCUGAUGCUCUACUGUGAUUUUCGUGCACAAUAACAGAAAAUGGUCCCAGAAAAAGAAAGUAUCUAGUGAGUGGUAGAUGAAUUGAUGAACAGGCAGACUGGUUCCAGGCAACAGUGGCUCAAAUAACCACUGAUUACAGCCCAGAUUGGUAUGGUUGUAACCAGUAAGGGUGGUUCAGAAGGACAAAGGAGGGUCAACCCAGCACUAGAAGCACUUUGUGAUUCUAUGUCUGUGAUAAGUGCUGUAUGAAUAAAAAUUGCUUACUUCUUAUUUACUAGAAAGGCACCAAAUAGAGCUGCCAGUGAGUGUGUGUAUUUAAAUGAUUUGUGCUUCAGAUUUCAAAACGCGUUUUAACGUUUAUUGGAAACUGAUGGAGAGUGUGUCGAUUUUAGAGCUCACCUGGUCUCCUUUUCACUCAAGGUAACUUUUUCAGUGAGGUAGUCAAACAGCUCUCCUCGCCUCAUGCUGGGGACAAAAACAGACCCGUUGGUGCUUCAUUGUUUCGUGUUUUCCUUAAGUAAACAUUAUUGUAUUUUGGCUCCUUUUCUCCAUACUCACAGGUCAAACACUAGGAAUAUGAAUGUGGUGGACUCGUAGGAAUCAAUGAGGGUGACUACAUGGAAUCAGACAAACACAAACCAGCAUUAGGUCUUGGUAUACAGAAAAAGACAAAUAUUCCUGGAGCGCAGAAUGGCAACAUACUGAUGGAGGGGUGUCCCUUCACCAUGUUGAGGACUUGGAUCUCCUUCAGGGUGGAGGUCUUCACCUCCUGCAGCUGCUGGGCUGUCAUCUUCUCCGCUGUGAUCUCAAUAAUCUUCACUGCCAGCUCUUGACCUGUGUGUCUGUGCACGCACCUGCGUACCACACUGCUCACACCCCUACAGCACCACACCAGUUCAAAAGAACAUCAUGUUCUUAUCACCAACCAGGCAUGGAGGAUGGAGUGUCAUGCUGCCUGACUGGACUUACCUGCCGAUCACCUCCUUGGGGUCAUACUUCUGGUAGAAUUCCUUAGCUCCCACCCAGUCCGGUAAUUCAUCUCCGACAACGAUGUCCUUGGUCAUGAUGAAGCUAUAGCAACAAACUCCGUCACAUGUCAAAGUACAGCUUGUUUACCAUGAACUACUUGAGCUAACUCCUGAUAAGGGGUUCCCAUUUCGUUUGGUUUGAUUCCAAACACAGACUAUACCUGUGACUUUUUGACAACACCUCAGAGUUUAAACACACAAGAAAUUAGCUUUUAUCCUUUAUAUCAGUAAGGUGAACUCGUCUUUGGUCUGGCCUUGUGUAGCAGAGGGCUCACUGACUGGCCGAACAGGAAGCUACUCACCUAACAGCGAGAAGGGGAAGGAGACGGAUCCCGAGUUAGUGUAGCGAAGCCAUUAAAUAACUCGAGCUGUUUAUCGUGAAGUCACGCCGGAUAUCUGCUAGCAUAAACCGGAGCGUUAUUUACAGUUUGGUAAAA